GCAAAGCUCUAUGUAGCAUCAACAUUAACGCGCAAGAGUGAACUUUGUCCAAACGGGACUCCGUACUUGGACGAUUAUUCAGCAGGAAACAUGGCGGCCGCCCUGGCAAGGAGGCUGUCUGGGCUGCUGAGGCCACUAUCCGUGGCCGCAUGUGCCAGGACGCCACAGAUCUGUCAGCUCUCCCACCUCAUCCAGCCUACGCCUCUCUACGGCUCUGCUACAGCCGCUGCCCGGGCUCCUGUUCGGGGUGUAGUCUGCCAGACUCCCUGGUACAACAUCCUGCAACGGGUGUCUGCACUUGUUCCCGGUGUAACUCAGCAGCCAAGCAGAAGCCUGACGUACUACAGCGUGAAGAAGGGAAAGAGGAAGAGUGUGAAGGCGGUCAAAGACAGGUUCAUGAGGCUGCACUGUGGCCUUUGGAUCAGACGCCAGUGCGGGUACAAGAAGAAACUGUGGAAGAAGAUGCCUGCCAGAAAAAAGCGCCUGAGGGAAAUCAUAUUUUGUAACAAAACACAGAGCAAGCUCCUCGAUAAAAUGACAACGUCAUUUUGGAGAAGGAGAAACUGGUAUCUAGAUGAUCCAUACUUCAAAUACCAGGAUCGUGUUAACCUCAAAGUGUAAUUCGCUGGCUUAUGUAAUCUUGUCUUCUGUUUGAAUAUAAUGUACUAAUCUUGUACAAGUAUCUAAUAAAUCAUUCUCUAUCUUAAA